CCCGAGGAAAAAAGAAAAGGCAAAUAAAAAGAAGAAAGAGAAAGUGCGAGAGAAAACGCACAUUAAGAGAAUAUGAUGUUGGCUUCCGUGUCCCGUCUAUAAAUAGCCGGCUCGCCUCUUCUCUCCUCUCCCGAAUAAAACACAGUUCCUCCUCCUUCUCCUUCUCCUUCUCUCUCUCAGAGACAGACGCACACUUAGUCUAUCUACAUUGUUCAGUAGGGUUUUCUCAUUUCCGGCUCACCAGUACAUACCUAUACGGACAAAGUUUGAGCUUGAGUCUAAGCACUACAUAAGAGUUUGUUUGUUUGUGUGAUGGACACGUACGCCUUGCACUUAGCUAUGGCCGCGCUGGUGGGAGCAUCCGCGGUGGCUGUGUCUGCUUACUACAUGCACCGCAAAACCCUAAACCAUCUGCUGGAGUUCGCCAAGACUAUAGAGAGAGAAAGAGAGAGGGGGGACGCAGUUGCGGAGGACGGUGGAGUAGGAUACGGCAGCGGUGGUGCUGACUCGCCUCAGCAUUUCAAAAGGUAUGGCUCCGUCGAUAAGAGGCGCAACCACGGCCGACGGAAGGGAAGCGGCUACUACCGUCGAGGUUCCGCUUCGUUGCCGGACGUCACUGCGAUUUCCGGAGGGAUGGAUAUCCUUGACGACAGGAGGAAUGGUCCGGUUCAUGUUGAUUCUAUUCCGAUUGGAUUACCCAGGCUCCACACGCUUCCUGAAGGGAAAUCUAGUCAUGCAAGUUCUGCCAAGAGAGCUGGGCAUCUUAUCAGACCCACUUCUCCCAAGUCUCCUGUUGCUAGUGCCAGUGCUUUUGAAAGUGUGGAAGGAUCAGAUGAUGAAGAUAAUAUGACUGACAGUGCUGGACUAAACGAUCCAUAUCUACAUGCCAAUGGGAAUGCGGAUUUACCAGAUCACAGGAAUGCCAAUAAUGGAGAGCAAAUGGCUAUGUCUGCAUCAAGUAUGAUUCGAUCCCAUAGCGUAUCUGGUGAUCUGCACAGUGUGCAACCAGACCCUGUGGCUGCGGACAUUCUCAGAAAAGAACCAGAACAGGAAACCUUUGUGAAGCUGAAAAUUGCCCCAAGGGAAACACCAUCUCCUGAUGAAGUGGAUGUCUAUCGGAAUCUGCAAGUGUGCCUAGAAAUGAGAAAGACAUGUGUAUUUAGGGAAGCUGUUGUGCCAUGGGAAAAGGAAAUCAUAACUGAUCCAAGCACACCAAAGCCCAUUCCAAAUCCAUUUGAUUAUAUGCAAGAACGAAAAUCUGAUCAUUCUUUUCGGAUGGAAGAUGGAGUUGUGCAAGUUUAUGCUAAUAAGGAGGCAACGGAGAAACUUUUCCCAGUAGCUGAUGCAACCACCUUUUUCACUGACCUGCACUACAUCCUUAAAGUUAUUGCUGCGGGGAAUAUUCGGACAUUAUGUCACCAUCGCCUAGUACUUUUAGAACAAAAAUUCAACCUCCAUUUGAUGCUUAAUGCUGAUCGGGAAUUCCUUGCUCAAAAAAGUGCCCCACACCGUGACUUCUAUAAUGUCAGGAAAGUCGACACCCACGUUCACCACUCAGCCUGCAUGAACCAGAAGCAUCUUUUGAGGUUUAUAAAGUCAAAGCUUAGGAAAGAGCCUGACGAGGUUGUCAUAUUUCGUGAUGGUACCUAUUUGACAUUGAAAGAAGUUUUUGAGAGCUUGGAUUUAUCUGGGUAUGAUCUGAAUGUUGACCUACUGGAUGUUCAUGCUGACAAGAGCACCUUUCAUCGAUUUGACAAGUUUAAUCUUAAGUACAACCCUUGUGGUCAAAGUAGGCUAAGGGAGAUUUUUCUGAAGCAGGAAAACCUUAUACAGGGUCGUUUCCUUGGUGAGCUGACUAAGCAAGUUUUUUCUGAUCUUGAAGCAAGCAAAUAUCAAGUGCGUCCUUUGUGUAUGGCUGAAUACAGGGUAUCCAUAUAUGGCAGAAAGCAGAGUGAGUGGGACCAGCUGGCUAGUUGGAUAGUAAACAAUGACUUGUAUAGCGAGAAUGUUGUCUGGUUGAUUCAGCUUCCAAGACUCUACAAUGUCUACAAGGAAAUGGGAAUUGUGACAUCUUUUCAGAACAUUCUUGAUAAUGUUUUCCUUCCUUUGUUUGAGGUUACUGUGGAUCCAGAUUCACAUCCUCAGUUGCAUGUUUUCUUGAAGCAGGUGGUUGGAUUUGAUUUGGUGGAUGAUGAAAGUAAGCCAGAAAGACGUCCUACGAAACACAUGCCGACACCUGCUCAGUGGACCAACAUAUUCAAUCCUGCAUACUCAUACUACAUUUACUAUUGUUAUGCUAACUUAUACACCUUAAAUAAGCUUCGCGAGUCAAAAGGAAUGACCACUAUCAAACUCCGUCCACAUUCUGGAGAGGCUGGUGAUGUUGACCACCUUGCAGCGACAUUUCUUACUGCUCACAAUAUUGCGCAUGGAAUCAACUUGAGAAAAUCUCCUGUACUUCAGUAUUUGUACUACCUGGCCCAGAUUGGCCUUGCCAUGUCUCCACUGAGCAACAACUCAUUGUUUUUGGACUACCAUCGGAAUCCAUUUCCCAUGUUUUUCCUGCGUGGCCUCAAUGUGUCGCUUUCAACUGAUGAUCCUUUGCAGAUUCACCUAACAAAAGAGCCCCUCGUGGAAGAAUACAGCAUUGCAGCUUCUGUUUGGAAGUUAAGUUCAUGUGAUAUAUGUGAAAUUGCACGGAAUUCAGUUUAUCAAUCUGGUUUCUCUCAUGCACUGAAGUCUCAUUGGGUCGGGAAGGAAUACUACAAGAGAGGACCAGACGGGAAUGAUAUUCACAAGACAAACGUACCUCAUAUCCGCCUUGAAUUUCGUGAUAUGAAGUUUUACCUUUUGGAAUGGUCUUUGGUUGAUGAUGGAGUCCUCUGUUUGAAGAUUAGCUUCCAAAAUCCAAGUUGGAUCAGAUGAAGCAAUUUUAUCGUGAAGUUACAUAUUGUCAUUUGAAUAAAUUUUGGCUUUCUCCUAGCGAUGCCUUAUUAUUAUUAUUUUUUUAAGGCAGAUCAGGUGUUAGAAUAUAAAGGUGACAAAUUACGUGUUCAAUAUUGCAGAUUUGGAGAGAGGAGAUGCAACAGGUUUAUUUGGGAAAUUCUAUAUUUGCUGAACAUAUUGACCCAUAAUAAGCUUGGCUGGCUUUCUUUUGCGAGCUGGAAUUUUUACAUUCUAUGUGGAGGUAUCCCUAAAAUUUAUCCAUUCGAACUGAGGAAAUUUUCCACUCUCUGUUUAUUUUUGUUAUUUCUGUAGAGGUUCUUUUUUCCUUUUUAUUCCAUAUCAGAUAAGGGCUGCAACGGAACUACAAAUCAUGAUGUGUUACCUGCACGUCUGCUGCUCUUUUUCAUUUUCUCAGGAAAAGUGCAAAAAAGCCAAGGACCUGCGGAAUAGAACUUUAGAACGGUAGUAUAUGCAUCUCAAGAAAAAUUAAAGAAAAGAAAUAAAGCAAAAGUCAAACAGGACAUUUCCAUGUAAUAGAGAAUAGUACAAGGUAACCUUGUAUUUGACUUUGUAUAAUGUGAUCCGUCACCCAGGGCAACUGAAUGUUGAAUCUUAUUUGAAAACACAAUAAUGAGUUCUUGAGUUGCGACUCAUUUGUUGCCAA